AUGAAGUUCAUUGCUGUUGUUGCCUCUCUGGCUACCAUUGCCUUUGCCGCCGACUCUUCCGUCGUGACGUGCCCUGACUGCAAGACCCCCGCCUCGACCAACGACAUGGUCACCCGCGAGCCCAUUCCCACCACCAGCUGCGACUCUCCUUCCCUGACGGUUGUCAAGACUGGUGCUGCUUCCAGCACCGGCGGCAUGAUGCCCGGCGGCAGCCAGACCGGCGGCAUGAACCCUGGCGGUAGCCAGACCGGCGGCCAGACCGGCAGCCCUACCUCGCCCCCUAUCACCGGUGGUGCUGGCCGCGUUGCCGGUGGCGCCCUGGCGGCUGUCGUCGCCGUUGUUGCCCUUCUGUAA